CGUCCAAUCGAAAACCGGUACGAAUGACACCCUACACUAGCCUAGCUAGCUCAAGAAAAGGCUGCUUUCUUUGGCUCAUUGCUCGUUCCCCUCCCUCCUCCUCCUCCUACGUCAAAUCACUCCCCCGCUCUCUCUGUCUUCACCCCACCACCAUCAUUGCCGAUCGAUCAUGCCCAGUUGCCAACGCCAAGGCUCAUCACUCCCACAUCCAUCUCCUCCUCCCACUUGAAUCCAUCCACUGCCUUCGUCAUUCCUCCCCGCAUCUGCCGUCGUUCCAACAAUUCUCCACACCGUAUAGAGAAUAUUCAGAGGUCAAGAGAUAUCCAGAGCUUGGCAUGAAGUGCAUCAAGAUUCUCAUACUGGUCUCCCUGAUCCCUCUGGCGCUGAGGGGGGCGUCGUCGUUUCUCGGCGACGCCGUCCACGUCGUCCCAGCACCUUCAUCUGAGCAGCACUCCAACUCCCGUGGCAGCAGCAGCUUGAGCGUCUCGGCGGCUCCGGCACGAGUGGAGCAGCAAUGGAGGCAGCGGCGGAGGACGAUGGGCCAGGCCGUUUUCGCCCCACGGCGGUUCGGCGGCGGCGGCGGCGGCGGCGGGUUCUUCCGGGACGACAAGAGGUUCGCGCCGACGGGGUCCAACCCGCUGCACAACCUCUGACUCUGACCGGCCGGCCCAUCAAUGGCCUCGGUUCAGCAUCGCUUUGUUUCGAAAUUUAUCUGUAAUGUCAUGUCAUUUUCUUCUUGUACAUAUACGGGUCCGUCGAAUUAAUUAUUGGGGUAGUUAUAAGUAUACUGUUUUGCUUAUUAGAUUUAAAAAAGUCGGGAGCUUAAUCUGAUUUGGAUGCCUAUUUCUGCUUGGUUGUUUUUCAUGUCUGUUGGCAAUUUGGUCUGGAAGGUUAUGAUGAACCAAGUGUACCUUUGCAUGCA